CCUCUGGGUAGUUGAAAUGCCAGGGCCUAUUUUUAAACGUGGUCAGUGGGGGUAUAGAGUCCCCUCCUCGGUUAGUAAAGGUAUGAAAGUUCCUGAGAGGUGUGAGUACUGUGUAGAACUGGGCAGGUGUCGCGGCAGGGGAAAGGUUAAUGACAGGUUGUUGUGAGGCGCCGCCGGGAGGGGUGAUGCAAACUCCUCAGUGCAGGGGGCGGGCGCUGAGUCAGACAGAGGAAACUGCAGCUUGUGAGUCCAGUUCCUGCACCUCCCUGUGGAGUGUGAGCACCGAGUGUCGGCGCCCAGCCAAAGACUUUACCUGUCCGGCCAGUGAGAAAAUAGCUACUUUGUGGUUUCUGGGCAGUGGCUGCUGCUCCCAGGUGGGACAAGGAGACAGUGGGACAAGGAGACAGUGGGACAGGUCCUUCCCCCCUACUGCCACUGCGUGUGCUGCACAGCUGCCUCCUGCUAAUGACAGGCUGCCCGGAGCCAGCGAAUAAGCCCCUUAUCCAAACAGCUGACUGACCUCUGGGAAACAAGGCUCGGACGCUGCUGGGAUCCGGGAGACAUGCAGGACAUCUCAGACUGCCUGAGUCUGGAGGCACAACAUGUGGCAGAGGCACGACUUGCCGCCAAGAGAGCGGCACGAGCUGAAGCCCGGGAGAUCCGCAUGAAAGAGUUGGAGAGGCAGCAAAAAGAGAUCUACCAGGUUCAGAAGAAAUAUUGUGGCUCGGAUGCCAAAUGGGGAGACAUUGAACAGUGGAUGGAAGACAGUGAGCGAUACUCACACAGAGCACGGAGGACUCAACAGGGUUUGCAACUUAUAUACGUAGCGCAAACUCCUAAGAUGACCCAGUUCUAUUUUAAUGGACUAAAAGAAGAAAGGUUAGCUGAAUUGUGCAGGGGUGCUGAUGAUGAUGACCUUAUUUCUGUUGGGAGUAGGAGCAGCCUGAGGACCAAUGGUUACGAGGAUGAAUUACUUGGAGCGACUCAAUAUAGGAAUUCCAGCAGGAGUUCCACUGGCAGUGGGGAGACCUACCAGUCCUCACGGGCACUCCCCCGAGAUGAGAGCACUUACUACUCAGAUAUGAGCUUGGCCAGCGCUCCACUGACCUCCAAACCACAGCAGGCAAUGCACAAUGGAAACCGGCCCUCUCUGCUCAACUGCAACUCUCUCCCUUCCAGAUCUCAACGGGGCUCACUGUAUGAUGAUGGUAUCGCAAGUGGCAGUCGGCGUUACAGUUCCUCUAGUUCCAAGCCUCCGUCAGAAUACAGUUGCUACCUGGGCUCUGGAUCACGUGCUUCCUCUCGUGCCAGUUCUGCCCGUGCCAGCCCUGUGGUGGAAGAGAGACCAGAAAAAGACUUUUCUGAAAAGGGGUCUCGUCCUGUGUCCAGUUUAUCUGCUGCCACUCUGGCCUCCCUGGGUGGAACAUCUUCCCGCAGAGGCAGUGGAGACACUUCCAUAUCAGUGGACACAGAAGCAUCUAUCAGGGAAAUAAAGGAGAUCAGUGAGUUAAAAGAUCAGAUUGAGGAUGUUGAAGGCAGAUACAUGCAAGGGCUAAAGGAAAUGAAGGACUCAUUGGCUGAAGUAGAGGAAAAGUAUAAACGGUCUAUGGUGACUAAUGCCCAAUUGGACAAUGAAAAGACCUCACUGCAGUACCAGGUAGACACCCUGCGUGAUGUUUUACUGGAGCUGGAAGAGGAGCUGGCUGAGUCUCGGAGGCACCAUGAAGAAAAGAAUAAAGAAUGUGAACGUCAGAAGCAUGAACAUAAUAUCCUGCGUUUCCAGCUGGCUGAGCUGAAGGAUGCUUUGGAGCAAAGGGAGCAGUUGUUAACAGAAAUUCGUCAGCUGCAACAGAAGCAAGAAAACAGCGACCUUGAAAUUUGUGACCUGAAGGAGACCAUAGAAUGGAAGGAUAAAAAGAUAGGGGCCCUUGAAAGACAAAAAGAAUUCUUUGACCCAGUUCGCUGUGAACGUGACGAUCUCAGGGAAGAGGUUAGCCGUUUAAGGGAAGCGUUAAAGAAACAUGGUAUUGCACUAGAUUCUGAAGAUACACCUAAUGGAGAUUCCUUAGUAGAACCCCAUAUAAUUGAAGAGUGUCACAUGGAGUCACCCCAAAAGGCAACAGCUCUUGGCAAAGCUGAUGAAUCUGAUGUGAAAGAGCAGGAAAUGUCUGUGGUGAGUCAGAGGACUCAAGCUGAACAUGAGCAGGAAAAAGAAAAUGAACCAGUGACUAAGCAGGACACAGAGAAGGAACAAGAAAAGUCUGAAGAAUUUCCAUUUCAAGCAGAAAACAAUGAUGUCACAGACUUUCAGAGAAUACAGGAACUUACUAGUGAGAAUUCUGUUGAGCUGAAGCAAGGUCCCUCAGCUGAUGAUAGUUGUAGCCAGAUUAACUUUGAGAAGAGUUUAGGCCAGAAAGGGGAAGAUUGCAAAAUUAGUUCAAUUCACCAGGCAAGUGAGGAGGAGGGAGGGAAUGAAAAUAAGGUGAAGAAUAUAAAAGGUAACGGAACUAUGUUAGAACAUAUUUCUGUAGUGGGUGCUGAAUUGGCACAAAAUCAAAGAGGUAGGAGUCCAGGAGAAAGUGAAGUCUUUCAGGAUGCUCUUGAUUUUGUCAAACAAACCCAAAAUGUAGCUGAUGAGUGUGUUUGUGAAACCGCUUUUAAUGUAAGCAGUGAUAUGAAAGAUGAUUUCAAAGACCAAAAGGCAGAGAACAUGGAAGGACAUCAUGAAGCUUGUACAGUAGAGAGCACAGAUGCAAAUGGUGAUUCUGGAAGUGAGGGUACAGUAAAUGUUCAAGAAGAAUCAUCAUCACAUUCUCCUUGUGUGGCAUAUGAAGAGAGUACUGAGCAGACGAGCAGUGAUAGUGAGGAGUUUUGUGAAACAGGAGAAAACUUUGAAAUCAAUGGAUCCAAAGUGGAUCAUGAAAAACAAGAUGGAAAUGUAAUAGAGUUUACACCAAAUGAAAGCAGCCAGAACAUGCAAGUAAAACAGGAAGCAACUAAGACUCUUAUGGAAAAUGAGUCUGAAGAUCCAGAAGCUUUGCCUGCUUUAGAAAGUGGAAGAGAGACUGGAGGUGGAGAUAACAAGGCUAAUAAAAUAGAUGAGUUUGAAAUCUCUACUCAUAAAGAGGAAGCAAUUAAGACUCUUAAGGAAAAUGAGUCUGAAGAUCCAGAAGCUUUGCCUGCUUUAGAAAGUGGAAGAGAGACUGGAGGUGGAGAUAACAAGACUAAUAAAAUAGAUGAGUUUGAAAUCUCUACUCAUAAAGAGGAAGCAAUUAAGACUCUUAAGGAAAAUGAGUCUGAAGAUCCAGAAGCUUUGCCUGCUUUAGAAAGUGGAAGAGAGACUGGAGGUGGAGAUAACAAGACUAAUAAAAUAGAUGAGUUUGAAAUCUCUACUCAUAAAGAGGAAGCAAUUAAGACUCUUAAAGAAAAUGAGUCUGAAGCAGGGGAGAUUUUUCCCCCCGAAUCCCAAACACUAGUUCCAGAAAAUGAAUCUGUAUCUUCAGUGGCCUGUGAUAGCAAGACAUCAGACGAUGGUCAAGAAUGUGCUAAUAUUACUGAUUGCACAAACAGAAAGGUAGACAGUGAGAAGCUGGAAGAUGAUUUAGUGAUUAGCAACAGUGAAAAGAAUGAACAAAUUGACUCUACUCUUGAUGCUGGUUUGGAGAGCAGCAGCAAAAGUAAUAAUGAAAUUGCUCAUUUAAAUGAAGGGGAAGAUGUAGUUCCUGAAGAGCAGCAGGACCAACAGGAGGGGGCUCUGAAUGAAGCUGAUAAAGAAAAGCAGCUGACACAGAAUGCUGAUGAAAAUGAAUUCAAACUAGCUCACACUGAGACCUUGGUCACCAAAGAAGAAGAAGAAGUAGAAAAUCAAGAAAAAGAUGACUUUGAGGAUGAAAAUCAUGGCAAUGAAAAUGUCAGUAAUGAGGAGGAAGAGGAUCACGAUGAAGAAGAGCACAAUGGACCAAGUGAGAAGUACCAAGGAGAGAGUGAAAUACGAUUAGGAUCAUCUGUGGAUAUGACCUCCAGUAGUGAAGAUGUGCGAUCUGAGACUAGCACAAAUAAGUCAGUCAAACCGGGGAAAGUUAAAAAUAAAGAGGAUUGUGUGAUGUCUUGAAAGAGAGGGUUCCCCCCCCCCCAAACCUUGCUGCAUUGUGACACUCCUGCUCAUUAAAUUGCACUGAAUGAAGAUUUGUUUUGCUGCAAAAAAAGGAUUUUAGUUAUGCUUUAAAAGAAAUCUGCCCUAAUGGUUUGGGCAAAAAAGAUAAAUGUACUCUCUCCUGCAUCCUUAGUCACCACAAACCUUCAUAGGCUUGUCCCUGUUUUACUGGGCCUUUCUUGAACUGCAUCAAGGGAAUUCUUAUUUAUUUUAAAUACCAGUCACUGGAUUAUUUAAUGUAAGCGCACAUUCAGUGACUCUGAAUGUUGUGAGACAUAUUACCUAUCUAUAAAUGUGAGUGCAUGCGGCUGUAAGGCACUAUCUCUAUUCUCUAUUCUGAGUGUGUAUAUGUUUAUGUAUCUGUACCUACACACAUUCAAUUGUGUACAAAUAAACACACACACACAUUCACUGCAAUGUAAUACUGUAUAGCUGAGAUGCCUAGACUUUGCCAGUGUCAGGCCUAAUUGAACUGAAGUUAUAUACUCUGCACAUUAUACUCAGCAUUCACUUUUCUAUAAAUCUGAAUAAUGGGUGAUCUAAUGGAGUUUUUCCAUUGCUGUAUGUGGCCUGCUGGUCACCAGAACUACUGCAAUAUAUACCAUGUGUACCACUGCUGUAUUAAAAGAUAGGCCUACCCUCUUAAGAAGUUAAACUACAGUUUAAUCCAGUUUUAUAAUCGACCAACUCUUAUGUAUAUGUACAUAUAUUUAAACUGUGGGAAUUUAUAGUUGCUAUGGUUAUAUACCAAUAAAAUAUAUAUAUAUAUAUAUAUAUA